AUUUUAUUGCGGGGAAAAAUUAAACUACAAAGUCUACUCAUAUAUACUAAAUUUGCAUGUAAACUUAACGUAUUUUUAAGGAUUUUUAAAAUAUACACUCCUCCUGUCUGGUCGCCAUGUUGGAUAUUGUGGCCGCGUAUGAGUUGGAGGCCUGGUGACGAGGUGCUCUGGCAUAACUGAAAUCUUCACCAGUAACCACCAUUGAGGCAUUGAUGGUAACCACCUGUUUAAAACCACAUAACCAGUCUCCAUUUUGUCUUUUACCUUAAUUUAACUUGUGUUUAACAUCGAAACGAUUCUUCUCGAAAUGUGGAACACCCCGGACGAGUGUACCGGAGUUGUACAAGUGUUACAGGAAUAUGACAGACUCACUCUACCUGAACAUGAGGAACGUUCUAUUGUUGGUCGCCUAAACUUUGACCAAACACCAACUUCUAGUUUUCCUUUGAGCUUCAGGACGCAGGCAAGCAACAAGACGACCAGUUCGCUUGCUAAAAGAAGUUCUGAAGAUCGCGAGAAAGAUGUAGCUCUGUUGUAUGCAAAAGGAAAGAUAUCACAGCUAGAAAAUGAAUCUAAACUCUUGAUGACUGAACGAAAACGAGCGAGAAUUGAAUACGAUAAAGAGAGUGAAAUACAUCAAGCAAACCUAAGAAGAGAGAUUGAAAAGAACUCCGAAUUACAUCAACAGUUAAAAUAUGUUGUUGAUGAAGAGAAAAAUGUCAGGGAAGAAUUGAGAAGAACGAGGAAGGAAUUUGAUGAAUAUAAGAAGAAAUCAGAAGAAAGAAUUCAUGGAUUGCUACAACAAAAGAUGAAAAUGAACUCAGAAAUGGAAGGGUCUAAAGAAAGUUCUUGGAGACAACUAGCUGAGACAAGAGAACAAUUGAAAAGACAAGAAACUGAGAAUGUAAUUACUCAGAACAAACUUGAGUAUAGUGAAAAUAAACUGGACUACUACAAGAAGCUCUAUUCAGAAGUGAGUAAGCAUGUCGAAGAACUUCAACAGUCUCAUACAAAAUGUGAGGGAGCUGAACACAGAGUUAAGGAACUGGAGGAAAAGCUUGCUCGAUGUGAACAGGCUGCAGAGGUUGCUUUGACAAUGCAGAGUCAAAUCUCCAAAUAUUACAAAAUUGAAUGUGAAAACUCAAAACUAAAGGAAGAAAAUGCUUAUUUAAAGGCUACAAACAAGAGCAAUUUAUUACUCAAAGAAAAACUGUAUGGUUGUGAAAAUAAGUUAAAACGAGCUGAAGAAAAACUCAAAAAUCUUUCUCAAGUUGAAGUUGAAUGUGAAAGACAACGAGCUUUUAUGAGGAAAUGGGAAGUCGAAGGAGUUGAUACCACAAUAGGAUCUCCUGAUGAAUUACUGCAAGAAAUCUCUAGACUUCAGAAAGCUCAGGUCGUGUUAUUGCAAAAGCAUGGACAAGCAUCAACCAGCGCUCGAAUAAGUUCAGAAGGACUACGACUGCAAUCUCAAGAACUUCUGGAUUUGAAAUUGAAGCUCUCUGAUAUAGAAGAAAAAUAUAAGGAAAAAAACGAGCAGAUGAAAAGAUUGAAUAAACUUUUAUCUCUUGUCACCACAGAAAGAAAUGGAUGUAGACGAUUAUUAAGUUCGUACGACAGUGGAGAUUCUACAAAUUAUGCAACACAACUUACAAGUCGCGUACAGCAUGCCGAGGAACAGCUGCAAGCUUGUAAUAGUCACAUUGAGAAAUUGGAGAAUGAUCUGAAGAUGUCCAUUGAGAGAAAUAGCGAAGAGACUAUAAAAUACAACAAGUUAAAGAUUGAAUACGAUGUUCUUAUGAAGCAAAGUGAUGUUGUUAAGGGCCGUCCAUCUAACCUGGAACAGGAGAAGUUGCAAGAAGUAAUUGAAAAGCUUCAGUUGGAAAACAAAGAACUUUUGGAGAAAUUGGAAAUACUUCAGACGAGAAUUGAACAACGAAAUCUACAGGGUGAUUUUGAUCCAAGCAAGGUAAAGGUGGUGCAUUUCUCUCAAAAUCCGUUUACACAUGCGCGUCAAUUGAGAACUGUCGAGGUUCAAAAUCUACGAGAUGAAUGCGAAAAAUUGAGAAAAAAAGUUAAAGCUUUAGAAGAAGAUGACAAAUUAAAACCAUCAAAGGUUGAGCAGAUUGUCAUCGAUGAAUCAACUCCCAGUGAAGUCAGAGACUUACAAGCUCAGGUGUCCAGCGCUGAACGAAAGAACAAAAGAUUGAAGGAGGUUUUUGCCCAGAAAAUUCAAGAAUUCAGAGAAGCUUGCUAUUCGAUGACUGGUUAUCGUGUUGAUGUCGUUCAGGAUCAGCAAUACAAGUUGCAAUCGAUGUAUGCAGAACGAUCUUCAGAUCAUCUUUUGUUCCAGUGCAAUGCUAAUGGGAAAACAAUGUUACUAGAAACUGAUUUCUCUCUUCGAGUUAAGAAUCUUAUUGACCAAUAUCUAAUGCAGUGUAAUUCAAUACCAGCAUUCCUAAGCAGCGUUACAUUAGAACUCUUUGAAAGACAAACACAAAUGAUGAAUUAACAUAAUCAGAAACGCUUAUGUGAGGAUAAUCUCGUUUUUGUGGGCUUUUUAUCGCGAGUCGUGGCCUAUUAACGAAAACUCUGUUUUGAUGUGAUAUGACAUGAUAAGUGUCCAGACAAACCCUGGAUCAGAUUCCAUAUCUCAGUAGACCGUGAGAGGUCGUCCCUGCUGAUCAAGGAUGGUGUAACUACCAGAGGUUUUUCUACCGCGAUUAAAGUUAAACUCCCUUGUUGAAUUACCUUAUUAAAUGUCCUGUAAUAUAUGUAUUUAGGACGCAGUAUAACGUGAGAAAGUCGAACGUAUUCAUGCUGGAGUGCUAGGCGGUUGAUAUCCCGCCAUUCUAUACAUUCGUUGUUUUUUCGGAUUCGUUUGAUGUUCGAGUUAUCUGA